AUGUUUUCUUCUUCUUCUUCUUCUUCUUCUUACUCAUGCUCCAAGUUCACUCUUUUUUCUCCUUCUCAGCACCCCAAUUCCUCUAAAUUCCAUCUGUUUACACCCCUGAAAACACCUCAUUCAACCACCUCAAACAACCAUACUCUAAUUCCUGUACAUUCCCAUGAUUCAUCAUCAUCAUCUCCAGUUCUUCAAGAAAAGCAUCAAAAUUCUUCAUCACAGGCCAACAGCAGCGAAAUCGACAGCCGCGAAUGUCUCGAUGAAGAGAUCGCAAACGCCAAGAAGUCCUUAGAGGAGUUGCUCGUCGUUCGUUGGCCGGUAAUGAAGUUCGGAGAAGAAAAUGCACUCGACGAAAAUGAAGUGUCUGAUAAGGUGAAAGGUAUUAUGCCUUCUUCGUGUUUAGAUGAACGGCUGUCGAGACUCGCGAAGAAGGUGCCGAUUUUCGAGCCUAAGGUAGUCGAGUCGGGUUCUGGUGUGAAGCCCCUUUCUGUGAAUUUGGAUUUGGCUCUGUUUAAAGCAAAGAUUUUGGUGAGGAAUUAUCGGUAUGAAGAGGCAGAGGAGAUACUGAGGAAGGAGAGGGUGGUGUAUGCAGUUGUAUUUUCUCACAUAAGCAGAAGGGAUUUAGUGAACAUGGCAAAGAAUAGGCACUCGAAUAGUGAACAUGGCAAAGAAGAGGCACUCGAACCAGGGGAUUAUCAGGCCGGUCGAAAUCCAGCGGGGUGGAGUAGUGGGGCUGAGGAACGCGUCAAAAUUAUCAUUCGGGUUGGAUUUGCCCAGCUGAGUGAUAAGAUUUCCUACCUGAAAAAGUACAGAAACAACAAGCGCAAGGAGAAUGAAGGUAAAGGAAGAACCUUUACGAGCCAGCAUGAGCAGGAAGCCUACGAUCUGUCGGAGAAAAUGUGCGGGGCUGAGAAAGAAAACAUGGUUGAAAAAGCCAAUGGCAGUGGGGCUGAGGAAGAAAACGGGGUCGGAAAAGCCAAUGGAAGUGGGGCUGAGAAAGAAAACGGGGUCGAAAAAGCCAAUAGAAGUGGGGUGGACACCAAUAAUAUUAAGGAUUCAGUGGCUAGUGAGAGGAGGAUUGUGCGGAUGAGGGAAAGGUUGUUGAGUGAUUUAGGCAAUGUUCCAGCUGUCGGGGACCUCAUGCUCAAGGAGGGGGAAAUGGGGGUUAAGGAGGACGAAGAAGCAUUGAAGAAGCUGGAGAGUGAAGAGACGGAGAUGUAUGUGAGGCAUUUUGAGGUGAAGACUCACCAGGCAAAGCUUCUUCUGCAGAUGAUGAAGUCCUGGGGCCAUUGA